GACACCCAAAAAACAGUCACACAUUUUUUGGACAGUCACAAAAGGUUUUGUAGCCAGAGUGUGCAUUCUACUUUUCACAAAAUGCCUUCCAACAAGACUUUCCGUACCAAGCAAAAGCUUGCUAAGGCUCAGCGUCAAAACCGCCCCAUCCCUCAGUGGAUCCGCCUUCGUACUGGAAACACUAUCCACUACAACAUGAAGAGAAGACACUGGAGACGUACUAAGUUGAACCUCUAAAAAUGGUCGGUUGUACUUCUAUUUCGGAUAAUGUGUUUUUUUUCAUAUAGUGUUCCGUUCGUGCAAAAUGGUGAAAUGGAUCGCAUUUUAUUGAGUCAACCUCAUUUUCUCUUUUACUAUUCAUAUUUCGAUGUAGGCCGAUAAUUGUAGGUGGAUUUAUUGUAUGUAUUCUGUAGGUGCGAGAUUUUUGUCAAAUUGUUUGACAGUGGUAUAUACUAGUCAAUCUAUAACUCAAAAGUUCA